AUGGAAGGCACGCCAACGAAGCAAACGAUCCAGGAGUCAUUCCGCGGCGCGUCCACACGCCGGACGUAUAAGACCUACCAAACGCAGUUUGAAGCGUUCUGCAAAAGUCGAAAGAAUGGCUUGAGUCCUGUGGUCGCAUCCUCGGACGACUGCACAGACUUCUUUCACCACCUGUACUCGUUGGGACGAAAGGCACGUACGAUUGACUCGGCCAAGACCGCUUUGGUGGCUUUCUUUAAAAUGCACAACGUCGAGUGAAUUGGUUUAAGUGUAUUGAACAAAUUCAGGUUCGACGACAAUUGCAUGAAAUUAUUGAGGCAACACCAAGUUUACCAAUUGGAAUAACUCUACACAGUAUGCGUCGUGGUGGUUGCUUUUAUCGUGUGUUUGAGUCCCCAGAGCGUCGAUUUAACUUCCGCGAGAUUAUGGCAUGGUGUCGAUGGGGCGACGCCAAGACCUGCUGUGAAUACCUUAUCACGAAGAGCAUCAGUGAUGCAAUCGAUCCACGAAUGUUGCUGGAAAGAUGCACCUCUGCUG